GAGGCGGUUGCCGGCUCCUUAAAAUGCAGCCAAGGUACCCUAUCCUUCUCACCCGACUACCGAGUGUAUCCGAAUGCAGAAGUGAACAGGUUUUACUAUUUGGAGCUGCCGCUGGAAAGCAUUGGUGGCAUCGCCUUCUACAACGACCCUGUUGCCAUGCUUUCUUGGGCUAAAUCUGGGUAA